UCCCGCGCCUAUGCGGCUAUGCAUGGGUCUCAGGGUAUUGUUCGACGCUGUGGACAACAACGGCUCCAAGAUCCAGAAAAUCAACGGUCUUGGUUCUGCUCUUCUGGGUAACAGCGUCCCAAUGUCUUCCUCUAUCAAUAAGUGGACUGCCAAGCCCUAUUCCCAGAGAUACUUUGAGAUUUUGGAGAAGAGGAAGACUCUUCCUGUUUGGCACCAGAAAGAUGAGUUCCUGCAAACCCUGAAAGAGAAUCAAACCCUCAUCCUGGUCGGUGAACCGGGUAGUGGUAAAACCACUCAGAUACCUCAGUUUGUCCUUGAUACCAUCGAGACCCCUGAUAAGCGUAGGAAGUAUAUGGUUGCUUGCACUCAGCCUCCGAGGGUUGCUGCUAUGUCUGUUUCUCGUCGAGUUGCCGAAGAGAUGGAUGUGACUAUUGGAGAAGAAGUGGGUGACAGCAUUCCUUUUGAAGAUUUCAGCAGUGCUCGUACAGUUUUAAAGUACUUGACAGAUGGUAUGCUCUUAAGGGAAGCCAUGACAGACCCUCUCCUGGAAAGAUACAAGGUAAUAAUUCUUGAUGAAGCUCAUGAAAGGACAUUGGCAACUGAUGUUCUAUUUGGGCUUCUUAGGGAGGUGUUGAAAAACAGACCGGAUCUCAAGCUAGUUGUCAUGAGUGCCACUCUUGAGGCUGAAAAGUUUCAAGGUUAUUUUUAUGGUGCACCUCUUAUGAAAAUUCAUGGCCGGCUUCAUCAUGUGCAAAUAUUUUACACUCAGGAGCCUGAAAGGGAUUACCUUGAAGCAGCUAUUCGAACUGUCGUGCAGAUACAUAUGUGCGAACCUCCUGGUGAUAUCCUUGUCUUUUUAACCGGAGAAGAGGAGAUUGAGGAUGCAUGUAGGAAAAUAACAAAAGAAAUCACCAAUUUGGGAGAUCAAGUGGGUCCCAUAAAACCAGUUCCACUUUAUUCUACACUUCCUCCCACCAUGCAACAGAAGAUUUUUGAACCUGCUCCCCCACCACUUGUAGCAGGUGGUCCUCCUGGGAGGAAGGUAGUUGUCUCUACAAAUAUUUCUGAGACAUCAUUGACUAUAGAUGGUAUAGUUUAUGUUAUAGACCCAGGGUUUGCAAUGCAAAAAGUUUAUAACCCCAGGGUACGUGUUGAGUCUUUGUUGGUCUCUCCAAUUUCGAAGGCAAGUGCCCACCAAAGAUCUGUGCGUGCUGGAAAAACACAGCCUGGAAAAUGCUAUAGACUGUACAGAGAAAAGAGCUUUCAGAACGAUCUCCAACCACAGAUCUAUCCUGAAAUACUUAGAUCAAACCUUUCUAAUACAGUUCUAACUCUGAAGAAGCUAGGGAUAGACGAUUUAGUCCAUUUUGAUUUCAUGGAUCCUCCAGCACCAGAAACAUUAAUGAGAGCCUUGGAGGUUCUGAAUUACCUUGGUGCCUUGGAUGAUGAAGGGAACUUGACAAAAUUGGGUGAGAUCAUGAGUGAGUUGCCCCUAGACCCCCAAAUGGCAAAAAUGCUCGUUGUCAGCCCAGAAUUUAAUUGCUCCAAUGAGAUUCUCUCUGUGUCUGCCAUGCUAUCAGUACCCAACUGCUUUAUCCGGCCUAGGGAGGCUCAAAAAGCUGCAGACGAAGCCAAAGGGCGUUUUAGUCACAUUGAUGGAGAUCACCUGACGCUGCUGAAUGUAUACCAUGCUUACAAGCAAAACCAGGAGGAUCCACAAUGGUGUUAUGAGAAUUUCAUUAACUACAGGGCUCUCAAGUCAGCAGAUAAUGUUAGGCAGCAACUUGCACGCAUUAUGGCAAGAUUCAACCUCAAGCUAUGUAGCACUGUUAGCUGGCUAUUUCAUGCAGGUGGCUCAUUUAGAACGUACAGGUCACUAUGUGACAGUGAAGGAUAAUCAGGAGGUUCACUUGCAUCCUUCAAACUGCCUGGAUCAUAAGCCAGAAUGGGUUAUAUACAAUGAGUAUGUGUUAACAAGCAGGAAAUUUAUCCGUACUGUGACUGACAUCAGGGGUGACUGGUUGAUUGAUAUCACAAAUUUCCCCCAGUGUGAAGCAAAAUAUGUACUUGAUAGAAUGUACAAGAAGAGGGACAGAGCACGAGCGAGUCUCGAAACGACUUUAACCACACGCCUUUGCAGACUGGACUUGGGGUGCUCUUAACUUCCAUCUUGAGCUUUUUCAUAGAAGGGCUUCUGGAUUCAAAUGGCUUAUUCUUCCGCCACUUUUCACUUUAACUAAAGGGCCUCUGGAUUCAAGUGACCUAAUCUUUCGUUUUUAGUUUUAACGAAAGGUCCUUCAUAUUUAAAUGGAUUAUUCUUCCAUUGUGUUUUGAAGAAAGGGCCUUCAAGUUCAAAUGGCUUGAUCUUCUGUCUCAUUCUUGACGAAAGUAGGGCUGGGUCUAGAGGGGGACCAAUCUAGCAUCUGAUCGACCCCAGAUUUAAAAAAGUAAAAUUCUAAAGCUACCCUAUUUUGUCCCCUCCUAUUUUUGUGGUUCACAAACGCAAUGAAUUAGAAUGGAGCAAUUAUUUUAUUGGAUUGGGAUUUUGUGAGCCACUCAAUGAGUGAGGUACAGAUGGGAUAUCCCAAAAUAGGGUACAUCUAGCAUUCUCUUUAAAAAUGCCUCAAUGGUUAAGGGUAAAAAAAACCGUGUAAUUUCCCCUCAAAAAUAUUUUUUGUAGUCGCCUAGUCCCCUAAAUACGUUACUAGA